AUGAGUCCAUCCCUCCUGCAGGACAUCUAUCAGUGGUGCGGCAGUGAGUGUAACCGUUUCGAGCGGCUGAAGGCCUCCGAGGUCACCAUCGACAUCAGAGAUAAUGAGAGGAACGGCAGAGCCAAAGUGCAUAUGGUGGAGGAAGGGGAUGAGCCGGAUCCCAUCAUAGAGGUUCUAGGACCAAAAACCUCCAUCGCCCCCAGUACUCCGGAUGACGACAAGGUGGAGACUUCCAACAGGAAGAAGGCUGCCCUCUACAUGAUCUCAGAUGCAUCUGGCUCUAUGAAGGUGACAUCUGUGGCUCCAUCCAGUCCCUUCAAACAGGCCAUGCUGUCUCCAGAGGAGUGCUACAUCCUGGACAACGGGGUGGACAAGACCAUCUUUGUAUGGAAAGGUGCAGCAAAACAUUUCCUUUUUUCUUCUUCUUUUUGCACAAAUUCUAACAAAGGGAUACAGCAAAAAUACAACGACAAAUCUCUGUAUGACUUGCAGAUCCAGGUACUUCCUGCAGGUGGCGAAACGUCUCUCUUUAAGCAGUUCUUUUCCGACUGGAGGGAUAAGGAUGAGACCACAGGUCCCGGUAAGGCCUACACUAUUGGCCGCAUAGCCAAAGUGAAGCAGGUUCCCUUUGAUGCCUCCACCCUACACACAAACAAAGCCAUGGCGGCGCAGCACGGCAUGGUGGACGAUGGCAAGGGCAAAGUCCAGAUCUGGCGUGUUGAGGAUGGUGCAAAUGUGCCCGUGGAUCCCUCCUCCUAUGGUCACUUCUAUGGGGGAGACUGUUACCUCAUCCUCUACAGCUACAGACAGGGAUCACGGGAGCAGCACAUCAUAUACACAUGGCAGGGGCUGAAGUGCACGCAAGACGAACUGGCCGCUUCAACGUUCCUCACAGUGAAGCUGGAUGACUCAAUGGGAGGAGCCCCAGUUCAGGUGAGAGUGACACAGGGUCAGGAGCCUCCCCACCUGAUGAGCAUCUUCAGUGGCCCAAAGAGGCCGUCUGACUUCUGGUCUGCUCUGGGAGAGACAUCAAAGAGUCUGCCGAGCGGGAUCAGACCCCCACGUCUCUUUGGCUGCUCCAACAAAACAGGAAACCUCAGUGUGGAAGAAGUUCCUGGAGACUUCACUCAGUCAGAUCUGGCCACUGAUGAUGUAAUGCUCCUGGACACCUGGGAUCAGGUCUUCAUUUGGAUUGGCAAAGAUGCCAAUGACGUGGAAAAGGAAGGAGCUCCCAAAAUAGCAAAAGAAUAUGUGGACUCGGAUCCCUCCGGUCGCAAAGGAAUUGCCAUCACCACCAUCAAACAGGGAGCAGAGCCUCCAACUUUCACUGGCUGGUUCCAGGCUUGGGAUCCCAAGAUGUGGGACACAGAUCCAUUGGACCGAAUCCGUGCCCGCUUCUGAACACAGAACUCCAGGCUCUCCGUCUAUGUCUGACUCCUUACCUAUCCUGCAGUCCCUAAUGCUGUUUUUGUUCAUUUUUAUUUCAAUCCCCAAGUGCCAAAAACCAAUGGUAUCGCCGUUAUCACCCUAAUAGCUGCCUCGGCAACAGUGCAGCGCACUGGGCUUCAUAAACAGGAAUAAAUCACAUCUGCAUGCAAACGAUGGCUUCUGCUAGCAGUUAUGUUUAAUUGGUCAAAAUGGUUGAUUGAUCAUGUCCAAAAGCCUGUCACCUUUACAUGUUUAGCAAAUACCCACUGAGGUCUCUAAUAGAAAAAUAAAAUACGAAAGCCAUUUAGGCAGCUGGACAAAUCCUCUGUUUCUGUUUUUUUACUGUUCUACAUGUGUGUUCAGAAGGAGCCAUUCUCUCAUGCUUUCUUUACAGUUUCUGUAUCAAAACAGCUUACUUCUUUACUACACAUAAAUGCAUGGUGUUUUAUCAUUGAUAAUGGAAAGUUGUACACUUGCUAUGAGUUGCAUGGAGCUGUUUUGGGGGGGGAGGAAUCUGUGCACAUUAAUUUAAGAGUCGCACAAUGGUAUGUGUAUUGUUACGGAAUAAAUAUAUAUUCUUAGUGCUUAUUUUCUGAUUAUAUUGUUUUAUGUAUUUUAAUAAUAAAGGCAUGUAUAAAGCAAGGCCAGCUGUGAGAGAGAACUAGGUCAGAGGGUGACAGGUCGCCUUAGCAACAGAGGCAUAUUAAUAAAAUACAGGAAACCAGACAGAAAAAGUGGAACUAAGUAACACAGAAGGA